AUGACGACGUCACCAUCUUCGGCCCUGACGGGAGUCAUCAUCGGCCUGGCGUCUUCCUUUGGCUCCAUCGUCCUCAUCUUCCUCGUCAUCUUCAUCUUCUGGGCCUCCGGAUGCGCUGGCUCCGGCCGAAUCAUCCUCGAUCGCAUCGGCCGACCCGGUGAAUACGAUGACGAACAGGCGUUUGCGAGGGAAGAGGCCGAGGCCUUGGAGAACAUGGACGACAUGUCCAGGACGGAAUACCUGAGAGCCAAAGCAUUCGUCACUGCGAACCCUCCAGAGUCUGCGCAAACCGAUAUUUCGCUCUCACAAUAUCUUGCUAUCCAGGAAAAGGGCGUGUCCGCCUGGGAGUUUGAGCCCGAGCUGGAAAUUGCAAAUUGCUUCGUCCAGGCCCGAACCGAGAUUGAAUUCUUCGAUUCCGAGUGCACCGUCAUGAGCAACCUGCCCGUGCCCAAGCAAAACGACGUCUACUACUGGGAGGCCAAGGUCUACGAAAAGCCCGAGAACACGCUUGUUGCUAUUGGUAUGGCCACCAAGCCAUACCCUCUCUUUAGACUGCCUGGCUUCCACAAGUACUCCGUUGCCUACCAUUCAAACGGCUCACGACACUACAACCAACCAUUCAGCCGAACCCCGUAUGGCCCCCAGAUUGUCACUGGUGAUGUUAUCGGUGUUGGCUACAGACCUCGAACGGGCGUCAUCUUCUUCACACGGAACGGCAAGAAGCUCGAGGAAGUGGUUCAUGGCUUAAAGUCUCAAAACUUCUUCCCGGCUAUCGGGGCCAACGGGCCCGCGACAGUUCACGUCAACUUUGGUCAGUCUGGUUUCGUCUUUAUUGAGGCAAAUGUCAAGAAAUGGGGCCUGGCCCCGGUCACUGGCAGCCUGGCUCCCCCGCCCCCGUAUGGCUCUGAGCAAGGCAGCAUCCUUCUGGAAACCGGUACCAAGGAUGGCUUUACCUCUGCGCAAGGGCGGGCUCAUCGACACUCUCACGGACGAUCACGCAGCGGAAAUUUCAGGGUUCUCCCUCCCACCAGCCCUGGUCCUGUCAGGAGUCCAACCGACAUCUCGCUUGCCCAGCUCGUACCAUCCGAUGAAGGUGGUGAGGCUAGCAGCAGCACACACCCUGCACACGAACAGCAUUUCGACGGCAACCCGCUUCAGCUCCACCUCGAAGACGCCACCAACCCGCCGCCCGAUUAUUCAAGUCCAACCUAUACCCAGAAUCGCAACCGCCGAUACAGCACGGACAGCGAGGAUGAAAACGCUCCUCUCAUCCAUGUUGUGACUCGCAGCAGGGGUGAAUCUUCGGCAACAAUCCGGCCUGCAGGACAUGGCCAACCCGCCCCGCCCCAAGAUCCUGUCCCGAGUUACAGCGACGCGAUACAACAGGGAGCGAGCCCAAUUCGACGUGAACGAAGCAACAGCUCUGAGUCUGAAGCCUCAGUCCAAAGUUCGGAGAGCGGGUCCUCAUCUAGCUGA